AGCCUACGGAUCUACGGUUUACAAUUUUAGUGCAACUUUUCGUUUUUUUUUUUUUGUCUGUAACGAAUUAGUGUUCACAGUUCACAAACAUGGCGAUUUCCCUAUCGACAAAUCUCUUGCCAAACACUUUCCAGUGCAACGGGAACCACAAUCAUCGUUCGACGCGCCUCUUUCCCAACCAACCAUUGAGUUUCGGUCUCAAACACCGUAGAAACGAGAACAAACUCUUCACGCCACCGAAUCCGCCGGUGCUCUCCGCCGUCUCCGGCUCUACCGGACUGGAAUCUUCUGCAGUGAGUGAAGAUACUGUUGAUUUGUUGGAUACGGUCACAGUGUUUGAUUUGAACGGCAAUGGAAUCCCCAUCUCUGAUUUGUGGAAAGAUCGGAAAGCUGUUGUAGCAUUUGCUCGCCAUUUUGGAUGUGUCUUUUGCCGCAAACGGGCUGAUUAUCUUGCCUCCAAGAAGGAUGUAAUGGAUAAAUCAGGUGCUGCACUUGUUUUAAUUGGACCUGGAAGCAUUGAACAGGCGAAAACAUUUGCAGAGCAAACUAAGUUCAAAGGAGAGGUUUAUGCAGAUCCGAGCCACUCAUCAUACAAUGCACUAAGAUUUGUUUCUGGGGUUACAACCACAUUUACCCCCAAAGCAGGUCUUAAAAUAAUACAGUUGUACAUGGAAGGCUACCGACAAGACUGGAAGCUUUCUUUUGAGGAAGACACUGUUAAGAGAGGUGGCUGGCAGCAAGGUGGAAUUUUAGUAGCAGGUCCUGGAAAAACCAACAUUUUAUACAUUCACAAGGACAAAGAAGCAGGGGAUGAUCCAGAUAUUGAAGACAUUUUGAAAGCUUGUUGCUCAUAAGAAAUGGGGCCUAUAAUCUCAGUGAAAUUUCGUGUUUAUAAUCUAUCAUAGUGUAUAUUUGGGAAUUUUCAGUAAACUCUUCUGUUCUUUUCCGAUUAUGUGUGAUACAACAGAAAUAGAAAGGAGUUUUAUCAUUUUCUUUUCAUUUAAA